ACAAGUCAUAGUGAUAGUUAUCGAUAACCGAUUUUACUAGUAUGUAGCAUCCAUCCCGGUCAUCUUAGCUCCUAGCAACUUACGUAGGAGGGGGGGAAUUGGGCUUCUUGUCGGAACCUCUACAUAGUAAGAACAAAAUUCCUAUUCCAUCCUUUUUUCAACUUUUUCCCUAUUUCACCGCCGUACCUGCCCUUUUUCCAAUUGUCAUAGUGGGACGCGUGUUUCUUUGUUUGCCCCGGUGGAUUAUAAUUCUACGUCUAGCUACCCUCAGGUACAUGUACUUUUUAAUAUUUACCGCCCUUACGCCCAUUACUCAACAACGCACCCGCAUAUUCAUCAUAUAGACAUUGUCUCUCCACACACACGUGCCGCCACCGACUCAACCCGCCUUAUACCCCGAUUCUGCCUUUUCGGGACCUUUCUACAGAUCCUCUUUCAUCCUCACAAACAUCAAUCUUCCGCCGUUUUGGUCCCCGAAAUGAUAGUUCGCCAACCAUAAAUCAUGGACACCGCUAUGUCUACACAAGAGCUCCAGCUCUGCCAACAUCUGAUAGAGCUGCCGCGACGUUAUCGCUACCGAUACGAUGAAGCCGCGUGCCAAGAUCUUCUAUAUGGCCUCUUCUGGUCUAUGGCUGGAGGGAGACCCGAAAACUUGCGACUGUUCUUUCCCGACGGUAAACUCACCCCGAAGAGCACCCUAAAGCUCCGAGAAGCCCAAGGCGCCGUAGAGGGGGCCGAGUACACCGAAGCUGCUCGUGGUAAGGCAUGUGGCCACAUAUUCCGAGCUGGAGAGGCAUCAUAUGGCUGCAAGACUUGCAGCACCGAUGAGACGUGUUGCCUGUGUAGCAAAUGUUUCAACGCCACAGACCAUACGGGCCAUAUGGUACGGAUCUCGAUAUCCCCAGGGAAUAGUGGUUGCUGCGAUUGUGGUGAUCCCGAAGCUUGGAAAACUCCCAUGUUUUGCACGAUCCAUAGCGAGCGCGAAGAAGACCGGUCGAAAGGAAAGGGCAAAGAGGUCGCUGGACUGCCUGAGGAGGUCGCUUCCAAUAUUCGGAUGACCGUUUCUAGAGUCCUUGAUUUCAUCUGCGAUGUCAUUUCCUGCGCACCCGAACAGCUCCGACAGCCUAAGACGAGAGAAUCCAUCGAGAAAGAUGAGAAAAUGUCACGCUUAGCGUCGACCUAUUGCGGCGGCGACCUUGAGUCGCCCGAAGAGUAUGCGCUAUUACUUUGGAACGACGAGAAGCACACAGUGCAGGAGGUUCAGGACCAAGUCGCGCGGGCGUGUAGUACGACUCUUAAAGAAGGGUAUAACCGAGCAGUCGAAACCGAUUCGAUCGGUCGGAGUAUUCUCAAAUACGACACGAAUAUAGAGAGGUUGCUACGGUGUGCUACUAUUCUUGAGCAUAUCAAGAUAACCGUCACUAUUCGAUCAUCUCGCGAUACCUUCCGAGAGCAGAUGUGUGGGACCAUGAUCGACUGGUUAAACGACAUAUCUGGGUGCGUAGUGGGAAACGAUCAGAACAUUCUCCGAAUGGUUGUUUGCGAAGAGCUCCUAAAACCCUGGCGGAAAGGGAGCCCUGGCACGCAUGCUAUGCCUGGUAAAGAUGGCCUUGAGGAUGAAGAAAAGCUUGAAUACGACCCCCUCGAGGCUCACACGGCUACAAUUAUCAUACAGCGCGCAAGAUUUCUCAAUGGCCAGGAAAACACGGCCAAUAUAGCUGACUUGCUUGAAUUUGACGAUGACGAUAACGAUGAUGAUGACGAGGAUAUGGAUGGCGGUAAUCGGACGCCCUCGAGUGGAGAAGAGGACAACGAUGAUGACGAAGACGAAGAUGAAGAUGUGAUGAUGGUAGAUACGCGACCGGAAGCUGGUGGCGCUGAAGUAAACGUACCCGACUGGAUCGGUCCCGGCGUGGCAUCCCUCGAAGAGGAAGAAGCAACAAUGGCAGGCUACCCGCCGCCUCCGCCCCCACCUCCCGUACAGAGACGCGCGACCCGGGACCGGGAUCUCACGCCGUCAGACUCGGAUACCGCUGAGCCGUUAAUAGCCCCGACCGUAUAUGCAAAGGCUAAUCUUGAGAUUCCCAAGACCCCGGGUCUUUCCAAGGCAGGAAAAUCAGGGCCUCCGAAGCCUGGGAGGUACUGGGUCGAGACGCCAGGAGCUUACAUGGAGCGUGAUAGUGUCCAUCCGUUCGAAGAUGUCUUCCAACGAGUCCGUCUGGAUUGGCUGAUCCUCUUCGACUUGAGAAUGUGGAAGAAGGUUCGAAAUGAUUUACGUUCAUUAUAUAUCUCUACGGUUGUCACUAUUCCCGAGUUCAAGAGGGUUCUAGGCCUUAGGUUUGCUGCGUUGUAUACGACACUGGCGCAACUAUAUCUUAUAGGAGAUCGGGAGCCUGACCACUCGAUUAUCAACAUAUCUUUACAGAUGUUAACAACACCUUCUAUUACCGCGGAAGUUGUCGAAAGGGGCAACUUUUUGACAACCCUGAUGGCGAUUCUAUAUACGUUCUUGACUACUCGACAAGUUGGCCAUCCCUGGGAAGUUUCGUCGAGUGCCGUUCUCGGGUUCGAUACAGGCUCAGUGACGAACAGACGCAUGUAUCACUUCUACGUCGAUCUGAAGUUUCUCCUCGGCUCGCCUCAUGUACAGGAGCGGAUGAGGACCGAAGAAAGGUACUUGAUGCAGUUCCUUGACCUAGUGAAGCUUCACCAGGGUAUUUGCCCAAAUGUCCGAGCUAUUGGUGAGCAUGUAGAAUAUGAAACCGACAGUUGGAUUGGCGCCUCGUUGAUGACGCGAGAAAUCAAUAGGCUUUGCCGGCUUCUAUCAGGUUCUUUCCGGAGUCUCCCACCGCAGGAUCUCCCGUAUCUAGAGAGGGCCAUAAGGACAACAGCCAAGAGUGUUAUUAUUAACUCGGUUGGAGCGGAGCGUGCCAGAUUCACCCAGGCUGAGAUCAAAGAAGAAGUGCGAUUUAAAACGUUAUGCGAUUUCGAAUUUGCCGGCGAGACGGCCAAAUUCGAAGUAGUAAAGUUCGUCGUGGGAGAGCAAUCUAUUAGUUUCCACCAUGCCCUACACUACACCUUGUCAUGGCUGAUCGAAUGUGGAAAGCAUAUGUCUCAAGAGGAACUCAAGUCGAUCUUAAACUUCACUUCGCAAGAGCUCAAGAUGAAGCCUCGUUCAAUGGGUCGAAAAAUGAUGCCUAGGCGAGAUUACACCCCUGAAGAUUACCUUAUGGCCGUAUUUGAUUACCCCCUCCGCGUCUGCACCUGGCUCGCUCAAAUAAAGGCAGGGAUGUGGGUACGCAAUGGUAUUAGUUUGAGGCAUCAAGCCGGGACAUAUAAGAAUAUCCUCCAUAGGGAUGUCACGCAUGCGCGAGAUAUCUUCUUGCUCCAAACCGCAAUGGUUGUUUGUGACCCGAGCCGGGUUCUCGCCUCGAUCGUUGACCGUUUUGGAAUGGAAAGCUGGACCAAAGGUUUAUUUGAGCAGACCUCCACUUCUCAAGAUGAGAUUCAGCACCUUGAUGUCGUUGAAGAUAUGAUUCACUUCUUGAUCGUAUUACUAAGUGAUCGAACCUCGCUCAUACCGGUCAAAGACGAGCAGCAGACGCACUUGAUGGCAAUGCGCAGGGAUAUCACGCAUGUUCUAUGCUUCCGGCCCUUGUCUUUCAAUGAGAUAUCAAGCAAGAUGCCCGAGAAGUUCCAUGAACAAGAAGACUUUCAGCGUGUAUUAGAUGAGGUGGCUACGUUCAAAUCUCCCGAAGGCGUCUCGGACGUAGGGACUUUUGAACUCAAGCCGCAUUUCAUCGAAGAUAUCGACCCAUACAUUGCGCACUACAGCAAAAAUCAGCGCGAAGAAUCAGAAGCUGCCUAUCGCAAGUGGAUCUCCAAAAAGACAGGAAAGCCCGCCGAAGAAAUAGUAUACGAGCCGAAGUUACGGCCGAUCGAAUCCGGUGCCUUUGUGAAGCUAGCCGAAUUUACCAGCACCGGAAUGUUUGCUCAGAUCAUCUAUUAUUGUCUCUUGUACCCUCUAGUCGCUGCUAAGUUAACACCCAAAGUCCCGUUCACGAGAGUAGAGACGUUCUUGCAGGUUGUGCUGCAUUUGAUCCUCAUUGCUAUUGCUGAGGAUAAAGUAGAUGAGACAAAUUUCACACCCGGGACUGAUUCAUUCGUCUAUAUCGCAUUGACGACGUCUGCCCGCAGUAACUUUAUGCAGGACGCCCCGGCUGCGAAGACUAUCGUAUCCCUUCUGGAUAUGAUGUCGACUAAGGAGGAAUUCAAAGCCUGCCACGCCAAGAUCGCGUUGAUCUUGAGGAGAAUGAAGCAAAAAUACCCGCGCCACUUUGAUUCGGCUUACUCGCAACUAGGCAUACCCGCGGACCGGAUCGAUACGGCGUCACCCGCGAAUGCCCACAGCGCCGAAGAGGAGAGGGAACGAAAAAAGAAAGCAGCACUUGACCGUCAGGCCAAAGUUAUGGCGCAGUUCCAGCAACAGCAGAAGAACUUCCUGGAAAAGCAGGGCGAUAUUGACUGGGGCGAAGACGAAUGGGAUGAUAUGGACGAAUCCAACCCUAUGGAAGAGCAAAAGAACUUCUGGAAAUACCCUAGAGGUACCUGCAUAUUAUGCCAGGAAGAUACCGACGAUGGACGCUUGUAUGGAACGUUCGCCCUCUUUACGAAGAGCAAAAUCCUUCGGCAGACAGACCUCCAGGACCCAGACUUCGUUAGAGAAGCCGCAAAUACUCCAGCCAAUCUUGAUCGCUCAGCCGAGGCAAUCCGUCCGUUUGGUCUCGCCCAUGAGAACAGGAAAAUAGUAGAAAAAGUCGACGCUCAUGGGCACGUAUUCCACAAUGAAAGACAAGGCCUUGGCAAGGGGUUCCCAGCCAAGCUCUGUCGGUCAGGACCAGUCUCUGUUGGAUGCGGCCAUAUAAUGCAUUUCAGCUGCUUCGAUAUGUACAUGGAAGCAACUGUCCGUCGACAUGGCCACCAGAUCGCACGGCAUCACCCCGAAUCCCUGGAGCGCCUAGAAUUUGUGUGCCCUCUCUGUAAGGCCCUUGGGAAUGCCUUCCUGCCGAUCACCUGGGAUGGCAAAGAAGAGUCUUACCCUGGAAUAUUGCAACCCGAUACAGAUCUCUCUUCAUUCAUGAACAGAUUCAUGACAGGGCGCCGUUACUCUGCGGUGGUAACACGAGAUCAGAGCCAGAAUGCCUUCAUCAACUACUUGCGCACAAGAAUGCCAGAAGGUCUGUUCGAGAAGACCAGUGCUAGUCAGUUGCCGUUUUCAAUAUGGGACCCCACAGGUUUCAGAGCAGUGCCGUCGAUAGCUUCUAGUGAUACCUUUUCCCUCGCGCCUACUCCCGGAUCUAGUGUACGGUCACACUCGCCGCCAGAAUCACAUAAUGGCGAUAAGGAGUUAAUGCUAAUCUACCGGCGUCUACGCGAUACGCUUCGCAAGAAUAAACUUGUGCCUGCGACUUUCGUGCACGACGGCAGGGAUGAUGAGUUAUACGCCAGCGACGUGUUAGCCCAAUCUGUGGGCUUCUCGAUUUCCGCGGCGGAGAUACAACAGCGGGGCAUUGAAGCUCAGUAUGGGAUGACCUUGAUCGAAAGAAUGCCUGAACAGCUUCUGGUUCAGCUCCGAAUCCUGUCAGAGACGGUGUCGUCGUACAUAGCAAUUGGUGGUUUUAGGCACGGGGGGGACAACGAUAUCGAACGAGAAUUCUGCAAGGCCAGCGAGCGCCAAUUUUUCCAACUCUUUAUAUCGUCUUACUUUAACCUGGACGUAAAGGAGCCCUUGCCACCGUUUGAUGAGCACCCGCCACUACUAAGUCAAGACAUAUUCGUAUUCCUUUGCGAGACUAUGUUUGGCGUAGCUGUCGCGCAGAACAUGGACCCGAUGCAUUUGGUUCGACUUUGCUAUCUCGCCGAGAUCGUCAAGGUUGUCCACAACGUAUCCCAGAAUCUCCCGCUUUCCAGGUUUCUCGAGUAUAUGAACAACCGGAACAAGGAAGAUCCUGCAAUGAACAACUUCGCCAGUUUCUUCAAUUAUAUCACGAUGACUGGGAUGAACCUCAGCCACGAAAUCGCCCUCGAGGGUGAAUUCCUGGCGCCGUCUGAUGACCUGCCUAAUAUUGGGUUCGAGCAGCCUGGUCUUGAUAGCCUAGAAAGUCUCCAUUCUUUCGUCAAGAAAUAUGCCCUAGUAUUCUUGCGAAAAGUAGCAGUUCUCCUCCAUGUUCACCUUGGGGUCGACUUCAACAGUCAUAUAUCUCCUUCUCCGGAAGCAGACGAACUUACACGUCUAACAGCCGCGCUGCGAUUACCAUCCUUUGACGAAAUGUGCGCAUCCUUGACACCGUUGGGUAGCCAGUUUGGUUGGCCCUCGCGUACAGUGGCUAUAGUCGACGGUUGGCUCCGCCACGAAAUACGCGGACAUGCUAGAGCCUCGCGCUUUGCCAUCGAACAGGGAAUCGAAGAGACCCCGCCUAGAUCCGCCCAACUGAGCCACCCUGGUAUCUUCGAGCUUGUCGGCCUGCCUAAGAACUUCGAUGCCCUCAUCGAAGAGUCUGCUAAGAGGAGAUGUCCCAAGACUGGAAAAGACUUGUCCGAUCCUAUGGUCUGUCUGAUGUGCGGUGAUAUUUUCUGUGGACAGACUAUGUGCUGUAACAUGGAAUAUCAAGAGCCGGGGCCAGACAAGCCUGUGACGAGAAUUGGGGGCGCGCAGCAACAUAUGCUGUUCAAGUGCCAGGGCAACAUCGGGGUGUUCAUCAACAUUCGCAAGUGUGCCAUCUUCUACCUGCAUCGCACAUCAGGCAGCUUCAGCAGCGCACCGUAUAUUGACAAGUACGGCGAGGUAGACAUCGGGUUACGUCACGGCCGCCAGCUCUUCCUGAACCAGAAGCGGUAUGACUCGAUGCUGCGCAACAUGUGGCUCAGCCACGGCAUCCCCAGCUUCAUCAGCCGGAAGCUCGAGGCGGAUAUUAAUAGUGGCGGGUGGGAGACCAUAUGAGCAAGAGAGGCGAAGAGAAAGCGGCAAGGGAAGUGCUCCAUCAUCCUCACAGACACUACACUUGUGUGUGUUAGGAUAGAGAAGUAGAAAUAAGGAGUUGGCAAAGGAUGUUGCGGUCAACCCUUCUUCUCGGAGGCGUAGGCGUUAAAAUGGCCAUUGUUUUAUAAGGUAUGAGAGGGAGAGGGAGAAGGGGUGUGUAUAACGGCAACUACCUAACAUAACCUAACCUAACCUAACCUCCCGCAAUCGAAUAUGGGUGUAAUACGAAGUUUAUGCUUACUACCGCGAUUCGAUUGCUCGAAAUACAUUGAUUGCAUUCAUGGCCUAGCUGUCUUGGUACCUACCUAGUAGGUAGGUACCGUGUCAUGAGCAAAGCAAGAAUAUGGAAAGGGGGGAGAUGGUUAGUGGCAUUUGUAAAUAAAAAAGUUUAUUCAUUAUUAAUAAGUUGACUUGACUUGA